AAAAAAUCCACCAACACGCUUUCGCAGGCAGAACACCUCUUUUCAACUCCAAUACAAUAUGCCCGAUACAACUGAUAUGCCGGAUACAAAUAACAUGGACACGGACAACCUCAGUUCUUCUGACAUGUCUCCUCCCGAAAAUAACGUCGAAGUCGUUCUGGAAACGCCAAUGCAAUUGGAAGUGACCGUGGAACAACCCGCACUGCCGCCACCCGCGCCUCAAGAGGAAUCCGAAACCGAACAGGCGCAAAAGACACUGAAUACACUUGAACUCAUACCAGAGAUUGCUGAUCAGCUGAAUCAAGACAACAGCCAGUACGAUUUGCAUGUACAACUCAUUAGUCUUUUGCAACAAGCCGAUCUCGCUGACCAACUCGAAAUGGCUCGCGAAAACAUGCAUGACAUUUACCCCUUGACCGAAAAUAUGUGGCUCGAUUGGAUCAAUGAUGCGAGAAAGGAAGCGCAAACGGAACAAGGGGAGGAAAGAUUACGUCAGAUAUAUGGUGAAGCCGAAAAAGACUACUUCUCUAUUGCUAUCUGGAAAUCUUACAUUGAUUUUAUUUUGGAGAAGUUCCAUUCCCAAAUCGGUACAGAUGGCAAAGAGCAACCGUCCAUGGAUGAUGUCGCCGAAUUGAUCGACAGCACGCGGGAAGAUCUAUUAAGAGCCGUGAGAGCGUGUAAUUACCAUGUCUUGCAGAGUCACGAAAUCUGGAAUCCCUACAUUGAUUUUGAAUUGGAGAUCUUGGAGCGUUAUCCUAGCCCUGAUGGAUUCGCCAAAGUCAAGCAACUCUUCUUGGAGCGUUUGGACGCCUUACACAUUGCAUGUGAAGAGACUUUCAACAAGUACUCCACUUUCAUCAGCACAUACGACAAUGCCAAUUACGAAAAUAGUCUCGUUGAAGCCAACAAAAUUUAUGCAAAAACCAAAGAAGCUGCCGAAGCGAGAGACUAUUACGAGCAGCAGCUGGUAUGUGAACCAAACCCCUUCCGCUUCCCGAAAAUUUCCUCUUGGACUCAUCCACGAUCCCAUCGUAUACGAUUUGCAGAAAGAAACUGGAUAUUCCCUCGAUGUAUUUUAUCAAUAUAUUGAAAACGAAAAAGUGGCCAGCCAAAAGUUCAGCUUAAAUUACGUCCGCAGUCUUUACGAACGCGCCAUUGCAUUUUACUGCACCGAUGUC